AUGUUCAAGUUUAUUACUCUAUCUUGCCUGUUGGCAGUCAGUGUUCAGUGCAAGAUCUCACCAAAUCAGGCUGUGCCAUACUACCCUCAACCGUACCCGGCAGCAUAUCCUAAUGUCUAUCCCCAAGUUUACCCUGCACAACCGAAAUACAAUGUGCAGCCCGCCUAUGUAGCAGCCGCCGCAUAUCCAGCAGCCGCAUAUCCAGCAGCCGCAUAUCCAGCCGCCGCAUAUCCAGCCGCCGCAUAUCCAGCUGCCCCUGGAAACUACCGACAAGUCUUUGUACCAGCUAGUCCUGCCUACAACCCUUAUUAUUACGGAUACGCUCCUUACCCAGCCUAUGCUCAAGCUCAGCAGUACCCAUAUUCAUACGUUCAAAAUGAUGGAGCUGGAGGUGGAUCUGGAGCUGCAGCCGGAGCUGGAGCUCAAGGCUGGGCAGAAUAUUUAUCAAACAGUUUCUGGAGCUACGUGCCGUCUUACGGCACCCAAACGGCUUCGGAAACAGAAGAACCCGCGGCGGCUGCUGCAGGUGCUGAAACUCCAUCAACCGCCGAAGGUCCAGCCAAGGGUGACAAACCUGCAGCUACACAAGAAGCACCCAAAUCAGGAGAAGUCGCUAGCGACGAACAAUCUGCUCAAUCGCCGUCCAAACAAUUCGCUGCUUAUCCUCUACCGUACUUCGGUCAACCACAAUUUUACGGACAAGCAGUCUACGACCCAGCAAAGUUAAACGCAGCGAAUAAUGGAGCAGUUUCCAGUUUCCUUUUCCCCAAAAAUAUUCAAUCUGCAGUGUUCCAACAGACACCACAACCGUUUGCUGAUCAAAAAUACUACCAGGCCCCACAGGCCAACCAAGGUACCGCAGCACAAGCUUACCAGCGGUAUUUACAGUUCCAGAAACAACACUUACAGGGACAAUACCAACAAGGACAAUUCCCACAUCAACAUCAAGAUCAACCAUUCCAACCACAACCGGAACAAUUCCAACAACAACCGGAACAAUUCCAACAAUACGACCAACAACCCCAGAAAGACGAAUCCUCUGUUGUCGUAGAUUCGAAUGUCACCGGACUCCAAGUCAAUGCCGAAGGCCAACAGCAACCACAAUCUAAAGUAGCCACAGGUCCAACGAUAGCAGUGGCUCAGCCACAGGGUAUCGCGUUCGCCGGAAUCGGUGGCCGGGCCGGAGCUGGACCUAUAGGCACAGCGAUUGUAGGCAAAAAUGCUACAGCAAUUUCAGAACCAAGCGCCACUGCUAUAUCACUGGACUUAACACCAACGAUUAACUUAACACCAGUUCACAAGCAAACGACAGCCUACGUGGCAAGGUAUGCACCCGAACUGGGAGUUUACAAAGUGGCUGAAAUCAAAUAA